AGAAAUAGAAAUAGAAAGAUGAAUCCCACAAGCCGAAAAACAAACACAAAUAUGAAGGAAGGGCAUGCUAUUAAUUAGAGUCUAGAGAGAAGCGUGUCUCUGUGCAUUGUAAUCCUCGAAGCAGGGGAAGCCCGGCCUUUGGAUAAAUAUCCACUUCUAAUUACCAAAAAAAAGAAAACAAAAGGGUUGGCCGGUCUCAACAAGUAACAACAAUGGGAAGCCCGCAGGUUCGUAACAGAAGGCUAUCGUCUGCGGUGCCGGCCAGACAGACGGGCGAGAACAAGGUAACUGAGCUCACAGACAUGGACUUGGCGAUGAAGCUCCAUUACAUUCAAGGGGUUUACUUCUUUACGAGUGAAGCAGUUGAAGGGAUCACAACAAGUGAGUUGAAGGGAGCCUUGUUCCCUUGCCUCGCCCUCUACUUCACCUCCUCAGGGAGGGUUCGGAGAUCCGAAACCGGCAGGCCCUUCAUCAAGUGCAACGAUGGCGGCGUACGAAUCGUUGAAGCCGAGUGCGACCAAACCAUUGACGAAGUUUUGGCCACGAAGGAUCAUUCUUUUCAUAAUACCCUUGUUUAUACUCAAGUUCUUGGUCCUGAUCUUGCUUUCUCACCUCUCGUCAUUAUACAGUUCACAUGGUUCAAACGUGGAGGAAUGUCCAUUGGACUCAGCUGGGCUCAUGUUCUUGGAGAUGCAUUCGCAGCCUCAGCCUUCAUCAAUUUGUGGGGCCAGAUUGUGUCCGGUCACACGCCACCGAAGUCUCUCCACGCGCCAACUCCCUGGAAAACCAAAUUCCCACCUACAGUUCACGGUAAAUCAAUUCCCAUAUUGAAGAGGGUGGACCCCGUAGGAGACUCCUGGCUAACUGCCAAUAACUGUAAAGUGGACACAAACUAUUUCCAUGUCACUGCAGAACAACUUGAGAAGAUGGUAGCAAAAGCAGCCAGAAUCUCACAUUUCGAAGUUCUCUCUGCUAUAAUAUGGAAAUAUUUGUCUGAAAUCAGGGAAGAUAAUAUGGGGACAAGGACUGUAACAAUCUGUACAACUAAUUCUCACGACAGGGAAAAUGAAUACCCAACCAAUGCCAUGGUGCUAAGCACAGUUGAAGCAGAUUUCGCAGUGGCAAAAGCCGAUAUAUCGGAGUUGGCAGAGCUGAUAGCUCAGAAAAGAGUGGAGGAAAAUGAAGCAACGGUGGAGAUAGAAAAUGGGGUGGCUGACUACAUAGCAUAUGGAGCAAACUUGACAUUUGUAAAUCUGGAAGAAGCUAAGAUUUUCGGAUUGGAAAUGAAGGGAAAAAGACCUGUUUUUGCCAACUAUACCAUCAAUGGGGCUGGUGAUGAAGGGGUUGUUUUCGUGCUUCCAGGGCCAACAAAUGGGAAGGGGGAGGGAGGUGGUAAAGAUGGGUUGGUGCUCACCAUGGUUCUUCCUGAAAAUCAACUUGGGCUGCUCAAAAAUAAGCUUGAAAGGGAUUGGAAUAUCGUUUAAAUAGUAAUGAUCAUAGAUCAUAUAAAAAUAAUAAUAUCGUUUAAAUAGUAUAUACUCUAUGUUAUUUAAAUAAAGUACUCUCAUGGUGGGAGUCUACGUAAGUAGGGUUAUUUGUAUUAUUUAAACGAUGACUAAUUAUUAAUAAAA